GGCAAACUGAAAAAGAUCGCUCAACAACCGAGCAAUAUGUUGGAGGACUAUACCGCUUAUCGUCAUAUCUCAAUUAUUCAUUUCAAUGUGCCAGAACAUCUCAUCGCGGUCACCUUUAAGUCUGUUGGCCUAUUAAUCCUGUCAUCAACCACUACCUUUCUACUUCCGGACCGGGAAGCAUAUGUGAUUAACCUACAAGUUGUCAGAACUUCUGGAAGCUGUUGGUCUAUUAAUUCUUUGUUUGAUGACGCAUACGUCCUUUCAUCUACUCCAACGGAUAAUUUCGGGAAAUCGGAACUUUGUUGCUGGAGGAAGAUCUAAUGUGGAAUCUGUUUUUGUCUGCAAUUGCCUUUGUCGGCGAGUGAUUAUACGACAGUCUGCAUCUGUCUGCUGUGUAUCAGGACUGUUGGAAGACAGAAGAAAAUUCUAAUCUUUGAAUAUAAUAGAUAUUACAAAAGCCAUCUUAGAUACGUUCUCUGAGAACAGAAAGCGAAUUGAACUCACUUAUGUUGGUGCUAAAGAGGCACAUGAAUUUGAAAUCAUCUGACUUAUAUUCUAUGUUUCUAUCGUUUCUUCUUUCUCUGUACCUAAGAUCCGGAUCUCGUGUAGUUCUACUUUUGACGUGCCUAAAUACAAGUUUCUUUUAUCGUCUCUAAAAAGAUAUCGUUUAUAGAUUUGCUAUUCUUCAGGUUACUCUUUAGGAUGAUAUAAAUAGAGUUGUUAAACUCGGACUGUGGAUUAAAAAUAAGUAAGGUUUCAUACACACACAAAAAUGGACUAAAAGAUUGUUACCAAUUCUCCGAAUAUGGAGAAAAUUAAAAUUCAUCUGGAAUUAGCUGAAGUGGGACUAGAGGUUGUUGAGAAUAUUAAAAUUGAUCUACGGCUUAUCAUUCGGAAUUCCUGCUCCAUAGCGCAACACGCAGAGACGUGCUUCUGACGCUCGAACGACUCGUAGGUUUCAUACGGAGCGAUAAAACAAGGUUUACGGCAAAAGAAGAGAAAACUGGUGGAAUAGGUAAAUGUUCGUCGCGUAAUGUUUCUUUGCACUUAAAAUGUGGUAGUUUGCCAUUUGUCCAUCCUGAUGGAUCGAAAGUUGCUGCGAAAUUGAUGAAAAGGCGACGACGAUAUUAUAGUUUGGAAAUGCAAAGUAGCGGAGACCAAUAUAUGAUCAAGAUAGAAGCUCCACCGGCAGGUGAUUGGUACGCAAUCGCUUUUCGAUCCUGGACUGAUCCCGAUAGUGGAAAAAUCAAACAGCAAGGUCUCGGUGCGUCUUGUGAAACUGUGUUAGAUGCCGAAAUGUUUGUGGAAAUGCCGGCUAUGAUAUUAUUGAUGAAUCCUAGACUCGAGCACGAGAUGCAAUUGAAUGAGACAUCAGACUCAGCAAUAAUGCAGUUUCUUAUGCCAGACGUUGAUCUCAUAGAAUUGAGUCUCUUGCUGAGUUCAUCUUGUGGUGAGGACUGCAACAUUACUGUCCAUGUUACGGCGGAGGAUAAUCUCGUCAAUGUUUUGCUGAAUUCUACACAGACCUUGCUGUUUUUCAAACCUUAUUUCCACAGUUUCCACUACAUAACUCUUCGUCUACUUUCGGGGAAUGCCUCAAAUGUAACAGUGAGAUUGAUAAACCAAGUGGUCUCUGAUCAGGUGACGACGGUGGAAUUGAUAAGAAAAUCCUUCCCAGAAUUUUUCCUUUUUGACUAUGAACACUUAGGCGAUAAUGACACGAAGCCUCAGCCUUUCAACGUAACCGUCGACACUCUGUCCGUCUUUAGCUUUAAAAUUGGUCAGGUGUACGACGUUGGUGGCACAGUCACCUUAGGGUUUAAGCUAGUCGAUAUAGAUGAGAGAUAUAAGAAGAACAUCGUCCUUGUCGCCUGUAUUUCCUUCGGUCGCUAUUCAAAUAUAACAUCGGGUGGUGCUUGCGAACGUGUACAUAACGUCACAACAGCCGAUGUAUACGCAAACGCAACCGGACCAGCAUACGUACACGUACCUUUCCCGGAAGCGGGAACUUGGUACGUGAGCAUGCGUGCCUUCUGCUCGGAAGAAACGAUCGGCAAUAACAAUAUUUGUACCUGCAGCCAGAGUUGCUUUCGUGGUGAUGUAGUGUGCAAUACGUGCGACUGUCUAUCACGCUGUCCUGUCAGAGUGGAAAGCAUUGUGGCGUCGUCACCAUGCAUAGAGGGUCGUUGCAAUGAUCGUGGGAAAUGUAUGCAUUACAUAAGCGGUGGCUUCGUGUUUUCAGCUUGUCAUUGUACUGGAGGUUACCGCGGUUUCGACUGCGCUGAUGACGCCUACGUCCUCACUCGUGGUGGUAUACUCCUCCAAUUGUUGAUUUUGACCUUCAGCAACUUUGCAUUUGUCGGAUCAAUAUACGUGGCAGUCCGUCGUGAGUACUUCACCGAGGCGCUGUCCUAUGCUGCAGUCAUGUUCUUCUCUACAUUUUAUCAUGCCUGCGAAGCUGGUGAGGAUGUUUACGGUGUAUGCAUUAUGCGACCUAGCGUGCUACAGUUUUGCGACUUCUUCAACGCACUGCUCGCCAUCUGGGUAACCCUAGUAGCAAUGGCGUCGCUUAGACCGCAGCUCACUGCCUUCUGCCAAGUAGCCGGCGCAAUUGUGCUUGCUAUGGGCGCUGAAAUGGAUCGUACGGCGCUGUGGGUGUUCCUUCUGCCAGCAGUUACCGGCUCCGCUAUGAUUGGAUUGUUCUGGGGAUAUAGAUGCAGGAGAAAGCAAACUAUUAGAUAUCCCUCGCGUCCAUACAGGACCAUUUACUUUCCGGCCGGGCUUCUCAUCGUUUCUCUGGGUCUAGUUUCUUAUGCUUUCCUGCAAACGCGUAGAAAUUAUUAUCUCGUUCACAGCUUGUGGCACGUAUGUGUGGCUAUUGGAGUUAUUUUACUUCUGCCGAAGCGACAGUACAUGAAGUAAUGCCUGAGAGGCUAUAUUUGCAUCAGGAAGUAAUUCAGAAAAAUCGAACUGUCAGUUGUAGCAAAACAUGUAAUGGCUAUUCAGAAAAGCAUCUGAAGAUUUAUUUUGAUACAACUUAAGUAGAUAUAAUAAGCUGUAAGACAGGUAAUUGUUUACAUUAGGGGAGCCACCUCUGAUAAGCUUCUCUUUGACAUUUAGUAUCAAAAACCCAGAUAGUCAAACUUGCGCGAACAGAUUUUGCGCAGUCUGUCGACAGUGUCUGUAGACAGAAUGACAACAGAUUGCACACAGAAUCUGUUUUGACGACAGAUUGGUGACAGACUACGCGCAGAGCCUGCCGACAGACUGGCGCACAGAUUCUGUUUCGUAGAUAGGCUAUUUGAUUCUAUCAAGGGCCAUAUGUACGCUAUUAAAUGGGGUAAUUUCAGAUGCACACCAUGUAAAACUCUGAGAGGAGUUAAGAUAAUUAUAUAGUGCAAUAAUUGUACACAUAUAUACAAUAAAAAACAAUUUUUACUUUUUAAAAUUGUAUUAUAUAUUUUUUUAUAAAAAAGCAACAAUAAUAGAAAAAUAACGGCAUUUCUGAGCGUUAUCUAGGGAGAGGAGAAUGUCGUGAGCGUGGAGUGUCAGGUAGCUCAGUGAUUUAGAGCAGUCACUCGGCAAGCGAAAAACCCGGGUUCGAGUCCCGACUUAGCAAACCGCGCUCUCGAUAUUUUUCUCUCUCUAGAACGAAAAGAUAUAGAGAUUUCGAAUGCAUGGCGUCCCGUCGCCAUCUAAUACGCCCUUCUCCUUCUAUGGUAUAGAUAUAGAAUCGUACAACGGUUAAAUGGCCAUUUAAAGGCGUACAUAUGCCAUUCUUGGUAAAAAUUGUUUUCAUAAUUUUUCAUACAAUUUCUCAUACUAUUCCCAGACAGCAUAAUGUCCAAAAUCGAGUCAUAAGACA